AGUAGACAGAAGCAGGGCACACAGUAAGAAAAGAAAGAGCAAUAAGAGGGUGACUAUUGCUAGAGAUAAGUGCAGCUGAAUCAAUCAAGAUGAACCACAGCUCCAAUGAGAAAGAACCUGAGACCAUAGAGCCACUGCGUUAUCUCAGUAAAACGGAGGUGGCGACCGUUGAGACGGAGCUCCUGAGGGACUAUCGCUUUGGACAACAGCAGCUGAUUGAAAUAUGGGGCCAUGCUUGCGCUAUUGCCAUCACAAAGGUUUGUCCGACAAGUGAACACGAAUUACACUAUUGUGAAGUGGGGGGGCAGAACGGCUCCAUUGGUCUGGUGUGUGCCCGCCAUCUGCGCAUGUUUGAAUAUGAGCCCACCAUUUUCUAUCCCAAGCGUUCUCCUCAGAGUUUGCACCAAGACUUCACCAUUCAGUGUGAGAAAAUGGACAUCCCUUUCCUGUCCUAUCUUCCGACGGAGGUCCAGCUGUUAAAUGAUGCCUACAAUCUGGUGAUCGACGCCAUCCUGGGACCAGAAACCGACCACAAGGAGGUUAAAGAGCCCUACGCUGGGAUGCUGGUGACUCUCAAACAGGUCAAAAUACCCAUCGUUAGUGUGGACGUGCCCUCAGGUAUUUGCUCAUUAAACAUUUUUGUGUUUUUGCCCGUGGCAUUCUUUAGUGUGCAGUAG